AGAUCAAGAAAUUUUAAGAUGGUUUAAACUUAAUGAAUUCCAUUUUAACUACAAUUUACAGUUUAAAUCCGAAAAAAAAAUGAAAUUCUUGGUGGUAUUCGCCGCUGUUGCGGCCGUUGCUUGCGCUUCUCCCACAACGUGGACUCUGAACGAGCUGGACGACGCUAUUCAGAACCCCACCACCAGCCCUACAUUCAAACCUGUGUUGAUGAAUGCCCUAAAUGUGUUCAUGACCAAUGUCUUCAAUGGACAAGCGCAGGUACCUAUGGCGAUCAAAACACAAGCAGGUCCUAUUGGAACUUAUAACCUUGCUGAGCUGAGCGAUGCCAUCGAGAGUAAUGAAGUUGAUGCUAUCUUCAAGCCUUAUCUUGAAGAUGCUCUCAACGAAAUGAUGGUAGCCCUCUUCGCCGGAGAGCCAGUUGAAGCGGUCACCGUCAACGUCCCAGCCUUGUCUAUCUCCGCUUGGACGCUGAAGGAAUUGGAUGACGCCUUAUCUAGCUCUGAUACCAACCCUAAACUGCUGCCAUACCUCACUGACGCUCUCAAUGACUUCAUGUCUGCUCUUUUCUUAGGACAGUCGAUUAACAACAUCGUUGUGGUAGCCCCCGCUGAGCUUUUCGCCGCCCCCAUUACUCCAAGCCCCGUAGCGGCGUCCAAUCCAUCUCCUGCCUCCGAAAUCCCAACCCCUAGCCCUCUAGUGCAAAUCAUCUUAAAUGUACAGAACAACGAAGUAGUGGAUACGGUGCAUCCCUCUCCGAUCAUCGAACGUCCCACUCCUGAGCCAAUAUGGAAUCCAAUUGAUUUGAUCGCUGCUCUACCGGUGGAGGCUCUUGAACCAAGCCCAGCUGUCGCCAUAGGCCCUAUGGUUUAAUAGAUAAAUUAUAGACAAAAAACUCAUAUGAACUCUUGGUGAAAAUAAAAAAAAGUUUUGUAAUUUAUGUGUUUCUCUUUAAUUUUUUGUCAAAAAAGAAAAUAUAAGUAAACUACA